AUGACCCUGGGUGCCAUGUCUUGCUGUAUCAAUGGAUUCAGAAGCAGACAGGUCAUUCAGCUCCUCCUGGAGAACCAAUUGUUUCAGAAAGCCAAGAAGUGUGAGUUCCACCGCUCUUCUAUCACCUUUCUGGGAUAUUUCAUUGCUGAGGGCAAUGUUCAGAUGGAUCCUGGAAAGUUGAAAGCAGUGGUGGAUUGGUCUCAACCAACGUCCAGGGUGCAGUUGCAAUGGUUUCUUGGGUUUGCAAACUUCUACCACCGUUUAAUUCGGGAUUACAGCACUCAGGCAGCCCCCAUCUCGGCACUCACCUCCCCCAAGGUACCGCUCAAAUGGUCUCCAGCUGUCGACAAAACCUUUGUGGACCUGAAACAUCGGUUCACAACAGCACCCAUACUCAUCCACCUGGACCCGUUCACGUCAAUUUGUGGUGGAAGUGGAUGCUUCAGAUGUUGGAGGGGGCCAUCCUUUCCCAGCGAUCUGCCCAGGACUAGAAGCUUCAUCCCUGUGCCAUCCUGCUGA